AUGGCCGAAAACACAAAAAGUCCUAAAGAUGGCCUCACUCAGGAGGGCGCGAAACAAGAGAAGGCGUGUGUGGAGAAACGCAACCCCUGGGUGUUAAAAGCUCUGGCAGCCCAGGGCAUCAAGGCCACUCAGGCUCCGCUUAUCGCCGUGUUGGGUUCAGGCGGCGGAAUGCGUGCACACAUCGGCUUUCUCGGGGUUCUGAGUGAGUUGAAAGAACUCGGCCUAUUGGACGCCAUCAUGUACCUGGCCGGGGUCUCAGGCUCCACCUGGGCCAUGUCUUCCUUCUACAGCAACCAUGGGGACAUAGCCCAUGUUGAGUCGGAUCUGAAACAGCGAUUUGAACAGCCUGAGUGGGCCAUGUCAGUCAGCAUGCAGAAAGCCAUCGAAUCAUCCAGCUUCAAAAAUUACUCUCUCACUGACUUUUGGGCCUACUUAAUUGUCUCUAGACAGAGCAGAGAGUUCCAGGACUCCUGUCUGUCCAGCCUGAAGAAGGAUGUGGAGGCCGGGGCCCUGCCCUACCCCGUAUUUGCGGCCAUCGACAAUGACCUUUAUCCUGAAUGGGUAAACAAAAAAAACAAGAAUUCCUGGUUUGAGUUCACUCCUCACCACGCCGGCUACCCGGCUCUCAAGGCCUACAUCCCCAUCGCCCAGUUCGGAAGCCAGUUCAAGAAUGGAAACCUGAGUAGGCCUCAGUCUGAACGAGACCUUUCUUUCCUGAGAGGUUUAUGGGGAAGCGCUGUGGCUAAUGCAGAAGAAAAUAAGAAAUUUAUAUGGGAUAUGAUUUUGAGCCUGAAAGAUAAAUUCUGGCACUCAUCCAAGAGAGGUCUGGAAAGGAAUGAUGAAGAAGAGAUCAGUCAAUAUACGCUCAGUGUCCCAGGUUGGGAAGGGGCCCGGGCAGUGUGGCACUCGCUCUCCCUGGUGUCUGGGUCCCUAGAAGGAAACGGGAAGAGAGUGAAGGGGAAGGGAGGGGUUGAGAUGGCUAGAGAAACGUCAGACGUAGAAGGUUUGCUCCUGGACUUCGUGGUGACUUACAAAACAGACCCAAAGGCGCCGGGCCUUCCGGAGAUGAUCCAGGCUCUGAGUCAGGCCCUGAAUGCCAUCCCAGAGGAUGGGCCUGAGUAUGCGGAGAAGAUGCUGAAGUGGGAGACCAUGUCUGAGGAGGAGCAAGGCCAGUUCCUGCAGUUAGUGCCCUAUCCAUUUCUCUCUCUAGGAUCAUGGAUGAACACUCUAUCUUUUCUGAACAAAACCAUAGCAUGCUUUUGGAAUUGGGAAUGGGGGACAGUUUACAACUUCCUCCAUGAACUAGUCUCCACUGAUGACAAGAUAGCCCAGGAGAUGUGUAACCGGAAGCUCCUUCACCUGGUGGAUGCUGGCUUGGCCAUCAACAGUGCCUAUCCCCUCGUCCUACCCCCAGCACGGGAUGUCCAGCUCAUCCUCUCCUUCGACUUCAGCGCUGGGGACCCUUUCGAGACUGUCCUGGCUACAGCUGACUAUUGCAAGCAGCAUGGGAUCCCCUUUCCCCCUGUGGACAAGGCCAAGCUGAAGCAGUGUGCUGAGACCCCUGAUAGCUGCUACAUCUUCAAGGGGGACACUGGACCCACUGUGAUGCAUUUCCCCCUCUUUAACCAAUGCAACUGUGUAGAUGAUAUUGAGGCUUGGAGAAAUAAAUACGGCACGUUCAAAAUCUCUGACACCUACACGCUGGAGCUGGUGCAGGAUCUUCUGGACAAGGCCAAAGAAAAUGUGCGGAACAGCAAGCAGAAAAUCCUUGACACGAUCAAAGAGAUGAUGGAAUCCUGCUCUAAAUCAUCCUAACCCCUCUCAGCAGUGCUCCAAGAACGUCUGGGCCCAGGAGCUCUGAUUCAGACCCCCAUCCCCCUCCCAAACCCAACC